AUCCCAAUCCCUAAAAUUGAGUAAAUAUAUUUGCCAGCUCUGCAAACGUUAAAAGGGCGCCUGGCGCUCCCUAAAGGUUCUGAUUAGGUGUCUUGUCUAUCAGCUUAUGGGUCUUUGGGAAGAUUGUUUGUCCACGGGUGGAAUAGUGGCUUUGUAUGAUGAUGGUGUUCACAGAGGAUAGGUUUAUAGUACCAUCUAGUAGAACUGGGGUGCUGGCUGGUCUUCAGUCCUCAUUGUGUGAUGCUACCUUUUGUCUUUUCACCAUGACUCUUCGUUAAUCCUAUUAAUGAAAUGAAGUCAUCGCCUGGUUAAAGAUCCCACGUCUCUGAUUUGCAUAUUUUAGGAAUCUUCUUUGAAUAAAAAGUUUAAAUAUCACUGUCACUGAUAGACAAUGAAGCCCUGAGAUGCCCAUCACCAUGUACAUAUAUUGUGGAAAUGAAUAACAAGGUCUUCCUCUACAACUAUAAAAUAAUAGAUUGAGAAUGGAUUUUUUAUCUACUAUAGUUCUUACGUUACAGGAUUUUGUAAAGCAGUAUAUCAUUCCCUGUACUCCCACUUGGUCUCACUGUUGCUCUGUGCAUACUCUCACUCUCACUCACUUCUGCUGUGGCUCCACAUGCAGUUUUCUGUUCAUUAAGAAAUGUGUUAAACUUUGAAUAGCAUAUAAAUAGUCUAGCGAUAGAAAUCCAAUGUUUCUUUCAAUUCUACAGCUAAUACUCCAGUCAUGAUUUCACAUCCCUGCCAUUCUGCUAGGCCUAAGGUCUACCAAGAGGCACUAUGUUGUAGUAUGCCUGUGUCAGGGUUAAAACUGAUGUGGGAGUCCUCAUUUACUUCAUGUAAGGACAAUGCAACUUUGUUAGAGAUAAAAACGUGUUUGGUUUGAUGGGCUACAAAUUCUUCUUAUGUUGUUGCUAAAAUUGAACGAAAAAAUUAAACAAAUUAAUAUUCGUGGACCCUAUCCUUAAAAAAUAGAUAAACAAAAAUGUGUAGCCCUACAGUGGUCUAGAUAUUCACCAUAUUCACUUGUGUAAAUGACAAAGUGGAUCACAUUAUUUACUACAGGGGAUCAGAGUUUCAAAGGAUCUUAGUUUGUUUCACUUUGAAAGCCCUGUGACACGCACCGCACCUCAUGUGGCGCGCAGUAAUCCUCUUACAACCAUUAACACAACAGAUGCAGAGGAUGCCAAUCAAUAGACCAUGCGGCGUGGAGAAAUUUAACGGCAGUCUUGCGUUUACAGUAUGCUGCACGAGUUCAGCUGUAGUUUACCUGAAUUAUUAUUUAUCUAAAUUUCUAUGACUUACUGACAGAAACGGACAGUCAGGUGCGUGCUGGUUCUAUCAACUUUGGGAUUGGAACCAACAUAUAGGAUAUCAAGGUGCAGAGACCCAGACGGCUCUGGCAUUAUUGAAGCGUUAUUCCCCGUGGAUUAGGCCAGUUAUUCGACGGCAAAAUGCUUCCUCAAGAUAUAAGAGUGCAGAAACCCCGUCGGAUCUCGGAUUCGGCUCCACCGGUACCACCACGGCGUGGCAAGAACAGAGACGUUCCUCUUUCAACGCGUGGGCGGUCCGGCUCCGUACCUGAGCGCAAGGUGAACUGCGUCCUCGUCGGAGAUGGAGCAGUGGGGAAGACAAGUCUUAUCGUCAGCUACACCACAAAUGGAUAUCCGACAGAAUACAUUCCAACAGCUUUCGAUAACUUUGCAGCUAUGGUUGUGGUGGACGGAAAACCUGUGAGACUGCAACUCUGUGAUAUGGCUGGCCAGGACGAGCUGGACCGGAUCCGCCCUCUAUGCUACCACAAUGCCGAUGUCUUCCUGCUCUGCUACAGCGUGGUGCGCCCCUCCUCCUUCCGCAACGCCACCGACCGCUGGGCGCCCGAGAUCCGCCAUCACUGCCCCGGGGCGCCCAUGGUCCUGGUGGGGACCCAGCUGGACCUGAGGGAAGACGUCCAGGUGCUGGUCCAGCUGGCCAGGAAUCAGGAGCGGCCCGUGGGCACCGAGGAGGCCCAGCAGCUGGCGAAGGAUAUCGGGGCCGUGUCCUUCGUAGAGUGCUCGGGUCUGACCCAGAAGAACCUGAAGGAGGUGUUUGACCAGGCCAUCUUGGCCAGCAUCCAGCCAGCGGAGAACGUUCAGCAGCUCCAGCAGAGGCAGAGCCUGAGGAAGAAGACCCCGGAUAAGAUCAAGAGUCUCUCUGAGACUUGGUGGAAGAAGCUGAGCUGUGUUGUUGUGGCAGGAGAGUGUGUGGGAGGAGAGUUUGAUUGAACCCCCAAGCAGCUGUUUAGGAUUUUAUAUUUUUCUAAGCUUGUGUUUUAGUCUUUAGUUUUUUUCACUCCAUAUAUAAUAUCACUCAGGAAAACAGACCUGGAUCAAUAAUAUGUUUCUAGAAUGUAAAUGUAUUAUCCAAAGACUCAUGGAGUUAUUUAAUAUCUAAAAAGGAGAAGCACUAGAAAGAAUUAUCAUUGCUGGCAAUAUAAUGAAUGAAAUGCAGAGUUUCAGCAUUAGUGAUACCUUAUAUUAACUACGGGUAGGACAAGGUUUUGUGUUCCAAGGCCUUGACGAGGGCACAACAAGUCUGAAUUGAUUUGAAUUACCAAAUCCAAUAGCUGGGGAGACUACUAAUGAAAUGGGUGACUUCACAAUGACUUCUGUGUCAUUCUGUGUAACCCCCAUCAAGGGUCAAAGGUCACCAUUGGAGAAUGUUGUGGAGGAUUACGAGAAACCAGCCAGUAGAAACUGUAACGCCAAACCAUAAACUUACUUUGUGUCCGCCAUUUUGACAAAGUCUCUCAAUGUUAUUUACUAACCUAUAUCAGAUCAUGUACAAUGAUCGCUCUUUCAAGUUCAAGUAGUUCCUGUAUCAGUUGUUGACAUUUCUGGACAUCCCAACCAAACACAGGUAACCCAAACCACUGUUCCUGUAUCAGUUGUUGACAUUGCUGGACAUCCCAACCAAACACAGGUAACCCAAACCACUGUUCCUGUAUCAGUUGUUGACAUUGCUGGACAUCCCAACCAAACACAGGUAACCCAAACCACUGUUCCUGUAUCAGUUGUUGACAUUGCUGGACAUCCCAACCAAACACAGCUAAAGGAUACUGUAGUUUCCCAGUCAGAUUGACUCUAAUCUGACUCUAAUCUGCAGAUCAGUUGGUAUGGCUUUCCCCCCUGAUCCCUGGUCAGGUCUGUCGUGGUGAUGAAUCGUAGUGGUUCUCCGGUGGAGGCCGUACGCAGCUUUCUAAUAGGACGAGACAGGACCGCCUGGAUUGGAUUAGCUGGGCAUAUGGUGGCUGACCCAGUCCCCUGAAUCCAUCACACCUUAGCCCUGCUCUGAUGUCAACCAAGACCGUCUGCCUAGGAAGACGAAGCAAGACUCAGACCCUGUCCCCCUGCUGCUGGAGCUUUACCAUAAAGAGAACAGAGAUCACUGGGGAACGGGGUUUAUGUCACUAGAGAUGCCUUCCAAAGAUGCGAGAUAAGUUAUUUAUUAUUGUUAAUUGGCAAAUACUAUCUGCAAGUGGAGAUAUUUCUGAAGCACGCUGAAAGAAUUUAAAGGAUUUAAAAUAAAGUAUG